AAGUCUCUCUCUCUCUCUCCAUUUUUAUUUUAUUUCUUAUAUCUUUGAGUUCCAAUUUUCAUCACACACACUCGAAAUUCAAUUUUUUUCAUUCUUCAAACGUCAAAAAAACAUGAUGCUGAGAUCGCUCCAAAAACUCUCUAUCAUCUUCCCUUCAAGCAACAAUCCUCGUUAUCUUGCAAAUGCUGCUCAACGCUUUAUAUCUUCAGCAACCAGAAGAACAGUUACAAGACCCAAUUCUAGAGUUAAGAUUGGAGUAACAACCCCGACCCGAAUUCGAUGCAUGUCAACCUCACCAAUCUCAUCACAAAAUGCAUCAGAAGCUCAAGUACAACGGGAUAAACUACUAACAUCAACUGAUGAUUAUUAUGGCGGUGUUAUUGUGGAAUUGGAUCAGCCUAUGGAUUCUACGACGUUUGUCUCGAUUCUUAGAGCUUCAAUUUUACAUUGGAAGCAGCUGGGCAAGAAGGGAGUUUGGAUAAAAUUACCUAUCCAUCUAGUCAGUCUUGCUGAAGCUCUAGUUAAGGAAGGUUUUUGGUAUCACCAUGCAGAACCAAACUAUUUAAUGCUUGUAAAUUGGAUCCCUGAAAGUCCAAAUACUAUUCCAGCAAAUGCCACACACAGAGUGGGCAUCAGUUCAUUUGUUGUGAAUGAAAAACACGAGGUACUAGUUGUUCAGGAAAAUAGUGGACAAUUUCAGGGAACCGGAGUCUGGAAAUUCCCUACCGGAGUUGUUGAUCAGGGAGAAGAUAUUUGUGUAGCAGCAGUAAGAGAGGUCAAAGAAGAGACAGGAGUUGAUUCAGAAUUUGAAGAAGUAUUAGCAUUCAGACAAAGUCAUAAUUCAUUCUUUGCGAAGUCAGAUUUAUUCUUUUUGUGUUUGCUGCGACCCCUUUCUUCCGAGAUCCAAAUUCAGAACUUAGAGCUAGAGGGUGCACAGGACCUUACCACGGGGCAGACGAUUGGAAUUGCUAAGGAAAAGGAAGGGUUAUACUACUUCUCUGAUGACCAUCCAAAGUGGAUGCCAUUUGUAGAAUACACAGCUCAGCCAAUUAUGCAAAAGAGUGAUCUUUUGAAGUGUAUCAACAAUAUUUGUUUGGCUAAGGUUGAUGGGCGAUAUUCUGGAUAUACUCCUGUAUCUACAUUAUCAAACUUCUCUGAUCAGCAGUUUUAUAUGUACAUGAAUGCUGAAGCAUUGAAAAAAUCAAACUCUUGAAAAGCUUCAUCAAAAGGUUAAACAACUAGGUAGAAUUUCAAUUUUUGGUUACAUUGUAAUGUUUGAUUUAUAAAAGAAUAAAACUGGUCUUCAUCAGGUAAAUUACAAUGAUUAACUUUA